AUGAACAGUGAGGCCUGUGGGAGAAAAGGGCAUGGACCCAUGGCACCAACAAUUCCACUUGAUACACUUUUUGCUGGUCUUUCCCAAAACACCAAUUCCCACACCAACACAAUCAUGGGUCCCUUUGCAUCAAUUUCUUCUCAAUCUCCUUCCAACAAAAGGAUGAGGGCGAAGGAAGCUAAGAAUUUUGGUUGGGGAAGAACGUUAACAGAGAAGAAAACUAUGGCACAAGAAGAUUCCCAUGCAGAUGCAGUAGCUUGA